AACACACGUUGUUGACGAUAAUAGUGAUAACAGAGAACGUUAUUCAAGAAUGUCACUGGCUAUCAUUGAUACCUUUCCAAAUAUCUGUAGAGAUAUCAUCCGAUCAAUUAUUUCUCCAAGAAAAUUGUACCAAAUGUGCAUUGAACAUCUACCCAGUUUUUCGACUGAUCAAAAAACUUGUUUACAUAAGAUACACUUGUCAAAUGCGUAUGAUUCAUUGGACAUUUCAUUAAUCUAUAAAUUGUUGAGACAAUUUUCGUUGGUUCCUCCGCCUACAAAAGGAUGGGGAAAUAUACCAGACAAAGUAGAUAUAAAAUUGUCAGAUGACAUAGAGCGCAUACGUCUCUGCAGAAAUCAAUUAGCGCACCGAUGCAGUACAAACAUUACAAAGGUGGAAUUUGAUAAUUACUUCGACCAGUUUCGUGAUAUUGGCCAUAGAAUAGAUCUCAACUUUUUCAAAAAAACAAACUAUGAGUAUAACAUUAAUGGACAUAAGACGUGUAGGAUGGAUACACAAAUGGAGACCAAAUAUAUCAACACCUUAAAGGAGCUGGAAAACUUAAGAUUGAGAUUUGAAAAACAUCCAAUAAAGUUUUACUGGGGAGAAAGUUUUGAAAGAUGUUUGGUGAAUCUAAGAUCAAUGUUGAAGAGCGAAACAUUAGAGGAAAGACGACGAAAAGUCCGUGUACAAAUCAUCUUUCAGAACGAGGCUGAUACCGAUAGAACCAUUGACAUCCUUAAUUCCAUUAAAGACGAGAUAAAUGACAACUUAAGUGGUAUAGAAUUUAUCGUUGCUACAAAAGGGAGCAUAGUUCUAACUGCAGAUGUAUUGGUGGAAAUACUCGAAAUAGAUGAAUUAUUUCAAUCCACCCUGACUUUAUUUCUGAGAAAGCUUCUGGAACGAAUACCUACCUCCAAUACUGAAAGUAUUGAUAUGCUUGUGUUACCUGUCGAAGAUUACACGCAAUGGAAGGUAUCAAACACCAUUGGAGAACCAGUUUGCCUAAACUUUGAUAUAGAGGCUGGGUUCUUCGAAACCGACGAUCAAAUAGAAGAACAACUGAGACAAAUAUCGGACGGCAUCUCAAAAAAUUCAAACGGAUGUGGAACAAGCAUUGAUAUUUCUGCAAGCCUCCUACCUAUUUGUCUUGAAAAUGAAGAAGCAUAUGUCCAUUCACUUUUGCUUGACGAAAAUACAACAACCACAGAAGAAUCAUUUACUCAAGCUCAAACACCCGUCAAAUACAACCUUCCUGUUUCUGUCUCUUUGCGUAAACAAAUAAAUAUUAAAAACUCAACGCAUGAAAGUCUGGACAUUACUAGCUGUAUCAAAAUAGUCAAUACAUUAGUGUUUACCGACUACGGGAAUAACCGACUUAUUAUUUGUAAUUCAGACGGUACUGAUAUCCAUCACAUUUCUCUAUCCUAUAAACCACAUUAUUUAACAGAGAUAGAUAGUAACACUAUAGCAGUAUCCUGUAGUGACAGUACCAUACUGAUAAUAAAUAUAUCUACAGGUUCUGUCACCAGUACAAUCAACACCAGUGAUGACUGCUGGGGAAUAUCAUAUAAUCUUAAUAACCUGUACGUUGUUAUUGAUGAGAGUAUAAUACGUGUGAUGGAUCUGACAGGUAAAGUAAUACGUACUAUAACGGUACCUUCAGACCUUAUCACCGACAUUACAGUAGACAGAAACAGGUUGGUCUGUAUAGACACUACAUCAAUAUACUGCUGCUCGUUAGAUGGACAGUUAAUGUGGAAGUUUAAAAAUGAUAAGUUUCAAGAUUUAGUUCGUGUGACAACAGAUAAUGCGGGAAAUGUAUAUAUGACAAUGUAUUACAACACCAGCACAGUAAUAGUUGUAUCAGAUGAUGGUAAACAUCAUAGAGAACUUCUUACUGAAUCUGAUGGAUUGAGAAUCCCGCGUGGAAUUUAUUUUGACAAAAGCGAAAAUAGUCUGCUUGUUUGUAAUGAUUAUGAUGCUUUUCUUUUUGACGUCAAACAACAAAAGAAAUAAACAAAUAAAUCUUUUAGGCCAUGAGUUUAUAUGGACUCGGAUCUGUUUGUGUAUUUCGUCAUCCAAAAAAAAACCUUCUGUUUACUUUUGUUUUAUUUUCUAUCUACCCUUUUAAACUGAUUGUCAGGAUUUAUACAGUUGUCGUCGGUAUUUAGGUUACAGACAAUAUUACCACAUUUGUUAUGUAGAUGUUUGGUGUGCUCAACGAUUUGUGUGUCAACAAAUCAACUGUAAAUCAACUGUAAAUGGGAAUGUAAAGUAAUGCUGUAAAGAUGUGUUGUUCUUUGAUACACAUCCACUAACUGUGUGAUGUUUGAAGAAGAAAACAACAUUUAAAUUAUAGUGCAUGAUCUCUUUUAAAACCAUUUAUAUAUUGUUUAAGAUAACUUUUUUAUUUAAGUCAUAUGCGUCAGCAUUAUUUUGGUAUUCGAAACAAAUAUUCUAUACGAAUGUGUUGGUUUUAAAUACAAUCAAAACAGAUUAAUAAUUGUAUUGUGUAGUUGGGUUGCUUUCUCAUUGACUGGUACGCUGGUUUUCAUUUCAGUUCUUUUUUUUUCGUCCUGAAAAAAAACUAACAUUCAAUAUAGACUGCACAUUUGUUCUCGUACUAAAUAGGCAUGACAUAUUGGCCACUUGACGACACAUAACAGAUUAAGCUAUUGGAAGUUCUAUGAAUAUUAAACUGUAUGACAUGUUUUACGUGUAUUCGUGUGUUCGUAUUUAGAAAAUAGGGAAGUAUAUAUAAAAAAGUAAGAUGUGGUAUGAUUGCUAAUGAGACAAUUCUCCUCAAGAAACCAAAAUGACACAGAAAUUAACAACUAUAGGUCACCGUACGGCCGUCAUCAAUGAGCAAAGUCCAUACCGCAUAGUCAGCUAUAAAAGGCCCCGAAAUGACAGUGUAAAACAAUUCAAACGAAUAAAACUAAUAGCCUCAUUAUAUAUAUAAAAAAAUUAACGAAACACAAAAAUGUAACACAUAAACAAACGAUAACCACUGAAUUACAGGCACAUAUAAACAUAAUGUGGCGGGGUGAAACAUGUUGUCAGGAUCCCAACCCUCCCCUAACCUGGGACAGUGGUAUAAGAGUACAAUAUAAAAACUCAUCAGAUGGACAACAAUAGAAGUCGACGUGGCCGGGUACUUGAACAUCCCAACAUAAAAAGACACCUGAGAGUCCUCGCAGUUAAGUGACAGCUAGUUUAAAGCCAUUAACAACUAAUAAAACAAAAUCAUGCAUCUAAGACUAAAUUAUCAGUCUGUAUUUAUCCAACAUCCAAUGAAUUUAGUGUAAAGACGUUAUAAACAGUCAGAGAAAAACAUGACCUUGUGCAAUGCCAAGAUGCAGGUAUCGACAGAUUGUAGAUCCAUGAAUGUGUGUAUGUAUACAUUACCUUAUAAUGACUUCCCGGUUCAGCUAGCAAGCAAACUAACCAAACAUAUUACCUUUACCUACACCCUCAAUGCAAUAGGCUGUACUUAGUUCAUUCGAUUCAGAUUUGUUUACAUAGAGUCUUUCGAAAUGAAUUAUGGGUUUGUGUUAUCACCCGAAUACACAUUCAACUUAAUCAAUUAUGAUUUAUAUCACAGAAUUCCUACAAUACUAUCUUAAAAAUUCAAAAUUUGAUUUUAACUAAAUGCUUGUAGUUGUUCAUGUUUGUAAUACAUGAUUACCGCUUUCUUCAUGUAACACAAUGUGUAAUGUUUGGAUUUUAACCCUAAGCGAGUGUUUUGCGUUUGCAAUACAGAUCAUUAUAGAAAGUCUAAUCAUAUGAGUGUAUGUCUUUAAUCUUAAA